AGUACGCGGAAGCAAAACAACGAUACGUCAGGUACAUCUGUCAGACUGUAGAGUCUAAAGUCUCUACCUACACGUCUGUUUGUGUCAGAAACUCAUGCACAUAUUAAGAGAAUUACAUCCAUAAUAAUAAUAACGCGUCAGAAACAGAAACACCUGACCACACUCUUCAAUAGGAACCGAAGCAGCAGCUAACGUUAGCAUGUAAGAUAAUGUGUUAACAGCAUAGACUCUUCUGGCAACUUCUGACGCUAGCACGCCGGGUCAGCUAGCUAGCUAACUUACGCAGCAGCGUCGAACGUCUCCUUCAGAUAUUCAACACGAAGUGAAUGUGUCCUCCGCACCAGGCUGAGACAGAUGACUGCUGCUCCUCCCGAAGAUUUGGUCAAACAGUGGGAGAGCGAGCAGGCCCGUCUCAGACAGCAGGUGGUGGAGGAGGACACUGAGGACUGGCAGACGAGUCCAGACUUCUCAGGCCUGGAGAGAGUUGGAGGAGUGGACCUGUCCUUCAUCAAAGGUGAUGAUGUCAAUGCCUGCGCCCAGCUCGUGGUACUCAGCUACCCGGACCUAGAGGUGCUGUAUGAGGACAGUCAGAUGGUAACCCUGACGGCUCCCUACAUAGCUGGCUUCCUAGCCUUCAGAGAAACCCCCUUCCUCCUGGAGGCCCUGCAACGGCUGGAGAGGAACCAGCCCCAACUUCUGCCUCAGGUGGUGUUUGUUGAUGGGAAUGGACUCUUCCACUACAGAGAGUUCGGCCUGGCGUGUCAUCUUGGAGUGCUGUCCGGGCUGCCGUGUGUGGGCGUGGCCAAGAACCUGCUGCAGGUGCAGGGCGUGUACAAGAGUGAAGAGCACCAGUCACAGAUAGCUGCUCUGAAGAAAGGAGGAGACAGCUUCCCGCUCGCAGCCGCCUCAGGCAAAGUUCUUGGAAAGGCAUUACGAAGCUCCGACAAGAGCUCUAAGCCAGUGUACGUGUCCGUUGGCCACAAGAUCAGUGUGGACACAGCUGUACGCCUCACACACUCCUGCUGCCGCUACCGGGUCCCGGAGCCCAUCAGACAGGCCGACUGUCGCUCCAGAGAAUACCUUCGCACACACUUCCCAGCUUCUGAUACAUGAAAAAAGGAAUGAGGUUGCAGAUGCAGCGAAGGAUCUCAAAAUUUUGAAAUUCGACAUUCUGAAGACCAGCAUCUACAGAAGACCACUAAAGUGUGUGUGUGUGUGUGUGUGUGUGUGUGUGUGUGUGUGUGUGAGCACGUGCGUGUGUGUGUGCGCACGCUGUAACUUUUGAUCUGCUUUUUAAAGUGCAGCUGUUUUAGUCUGGGCCAAGACACAAGUCGUAUUAACUGUAUCUUUUUAUGCACUUGCCCCAUAUUUAAACUGGAUGUGGGUCAGAUUGGCUUUUUUUAUACACUGUUCUCAUUACAUUUUUGGGUCACUCAGCUUUUUACACUAAGAGCCUCGUAAAUAAAUUAUGAAUGUCCC